AUGUCGGCCGCCGUAAAACGGGCCUGCGAUGCCUGCCAUCGCAGGAAAGUCAAGUGCGACGGAAUCAACCCGUGUAGGAACUGCGCGACCGCUCAGCUCUCCUGCACUUACAAUGCCAUCCCACAGAAGAAGGGCCCCAAGGGCUCCCGCGCCAAGGUCAUCAGCGAGUUGAGGGAGACGCAACGCCAGACGAGUCUCGCUGCCCGUGUACAGAACCGCGUCGCUGGCCUCACGGCUGGUCCCUCUCAGAAUCCGACGACUGCCGGCCCUUCGCCCGGCAUGGUUACGGGAGAGCUCGUCAAGGAAUGCCUUGAGUUCUUCUUUUCCCACAUGUACUCCAACAUGCCAAUCCUCGUCCGCCAGGCGAUAGAACAGCAGUCCAUGUUCAUGGAACAGAACCGCGAUGUCUACUGCCUCGUCACCUCUCUUUGCGCCUUCGUCAUGCUUCAGCCCGGCAUGACUAUGCCUUCGAGCGACCCUUACAACCUCGACAUUAUGCCCGGCUCGAAUCUCAUCGCCAGCACACUUCUUCUGGAGGAGGCCAUGCGCGUGAGGAACGGCUACGAGUACCUCGACACUCCCACCCUCAACUCGAUUGCUACCAGCUACUUCAUCUUCGCCUGCUAUUACGGGGUCGAAUCCCAUGGCAAGGCCUGGUACUAUCUCCGUGAGGCCAGCACCAUGAUUCAUAUGCUCGAGAUGCACAAGGAGGACACGUACAGGCAGUGGGAUCCCGUCGAAUCCGCCCGCAGGAGGAGGCUCUACUGGCUCAUCUUCACCACCGAGAGGGCCUACGCUCUCCAGCGACAGCGACCCGUCACGCUGCAGGCUUCCAUCAACCUGCCGACCUUGGCCGAUGAUCCCACCGAUCCCUUGGCUCAGGACCUCCCCCCUUUCCUCGCCCUUGUCAAUGCCUUCCGCCUCUUCGACGACUCCCUUAUCUCGACUUGGAACAAGACCGCUGCGAACUUCACGUCCGCCUACACGACCAACCUGCAGAAGCAAUUGAACGACAUUAUGCCUAGCUAUCUUUGCCAGGAUUCCCAAUUCGGCGACAUGUCGACCAACCAGCAGUGGCUCAAGACGACCCACUGGCAGCUGUCCAGCCAGGGCGAGGACAACGGCAUGGGUUUCCAGUUCCCUGCCGAAGUUGCUCGUGAAAUGCUCGCCAGCUGGGCCUCUCAGUUCCCCGGCCAGGGCGUUCAGCUCAUGGGUACCGGCUUGAUCGAAAAGCUCUUCGAGAUUGCCAACGAUGCUGCCACCGCGCUUUCGCACAAGCCCAUGUCCCGCGAUAGAUUCACCGUCGGCCCUCGUGAACGCCUUAGCCAGAUGCUCAACAUCGUUGCGGUUCUGAGGAACGGAGACCAGCGAUUUAUUCCUCUUCUCUUCAACAAGAUCACCGAGGCGCUCCCUCGCCUCGUGACGCCCAUGCUGCAGAACGCUCCCGAGUGUGUCACUGCGAACCUUGCCAACAUUGACAUCUUCGAUGGCUUCGGCAACGCUGGUAUGGCCCAGCCUCCUUCUGGCCAGAUGGGUCUUAGCCUAGACACAGAGGAUCUCGGCAAGUUCGACGUCUCCGACUACGACCGCAAGUUUUCGCUCGCAUCGAUGGGCGGGGCCUCACCCGACUCCAACCUUGGUAGCAACGGCUCGGGCCCUAUGUCGAUGCCUCCGGGAACCUCCCCCGAUAUGUCCCAAAGCUUCACGGCGUCACCGCCCAUAAUGUCACCGGGCAUUGAUUUCUCUCAGAAUAUGAAUGACUUUUCAUUCCCCGACAUGAUGAUGCCAAGGUUGGGCGGACAAAAUACGCAGCCGCAGAUGAAUCACAAUCACCACCAGCAACAAUCACUUCCACACCAACACUGCGGAAUACCGACGUUACAGAGUCAGAACAUGAACCCACAACAAAUGCACACUCACAUGGGACCGAAUACGAUGGGCCAGCCACCACAGCAGAGUAUCGGCGUACUCAGUUCACAAGGCCAACCAAUGGGCAAUCCACCGCCGAGAAUGAUGAACCAAAAACCGGGCAUGCAAGGGCAGAUGUCGAUGAUGCAUGGCAUGAGCCCGACGGGGCGCAAACGCCUGGGAUACCGAGAACAGUUGGAGACUUUCAUGCAUUACAACGGUCAUUCCCCUAGCAAUGAAUGA